AUAAAAAAAUCAAGAAUGGCGAUUUCCAUAUCUGCUAUGAGUUUUCGAACUUCAGUUUCUUCUUCAUAUUCAGCAUUUUUGUGCAAUUCCAAGAACCCAUUUUGUUUGAAUUCUCUAUUUUCACUUAGGAAUUCUCAUAGAACUUUUCAGCCUUCGCUAUCAAGGAAAUCAAGUAGAGUUCGAGCAACGUUGUUAAAAGAGAAUGAAGAAGAAGUGGUUGUGGAGAAAUCUUUUGCACCUAAGAGUUUUCCUGGUAAUGUGGGAGGGGGAAAUAAUGGGGAGCCACCCGAUAAUUCAUCCUCGAACGGUCUGGAGAAAUGGGUUAUAAAGAUUGAGCAGUCUGUAAAUAUCUUUCUCACGGAUUCAGUGAUAAAGAUUCUUGACACUUUGUAUCACGACCGACACUAUGCGAGGUUUUUCGUUCUGGAAACAAUUGCAAGAGUUCCUUAUUUUGCAUUUAUAUCUGUUCUUCACUUGUACGAGAGCUUUGGUUGGUGGAGACGAGCAGAUUAUCUGAAGGUGCAUUUUGCCGAGAGCUGGAAUGAGAUGCACCAUUUACUCAUUAUGGAGGAAUUAGGUGGAAAUGCUUGGUGGUUUGACCGAUUCCUUGCGCAACAUAUUGCUGUAUUCUAUUAUUUCAUGACAGUCUCGAUGUAUGCUUUGAGCCCGAGAAUGGCAUAUCAUUUCUCUGAAUGUGUGGAGCACCAUGCAUACGAGACUUACGAUAAAUUCAUCAAGGAUCAAGAAGCGGAAUUGAAGAAAUUGCCCGCUCCAAAGAUUGCAGUGAGCUACUACACCGGAGGUGACUUGUAUUUGUUCGAUGAGUUUCAAACAUCACGAGAGCCUAAUACUCGAAGGCCAAAAAUAGAUAAUCUGUACGACGUAUUCAUGAACAUUAGAGAUGACGAAGCAGAGCAUUGUAAGACAAUGAAAGCGUGUCAAACCCACGGGAGCCUCCGCUCCCCUCACACAAAUCCAUGCGAUGAGUCUGAAGACGAUCCAGGUUGUUCAGUGCCUCAGGCUGAUUGUGUAGGUAUCGUGGACUGUAUAACGAAAUCUGUCGCUGAUCCUAACGUCGGCAGAAGGUAGGGAAAGGAAAAACGCAGAACGAAACUAUACAUGUAUAUACCAGUAUAGCCAAAUAUACAAGAAAUAUACAUACAUAUUGUGUCUUUUACUCUCUGAGGAAGAGCUUGUCAAAUUGCCCAAAAAAUGGGUAGGCACUUGGUUUUGUUUUCACCUUUCAAUAAUUUGUACUAAACUAUGAACAAAUUUGCUCCGGCACACUACAACUCCAUAGGGGUCCUGUUACGCUUCUGAACUAAAUUUUAACAUAUUUUUGUCAACCUUUUUAGC